AUGGAAGACGCCAAAGUGCGAGGCGGCCGCUAUGAAGCCAGGCUCGUCUUCGGGAAGGCGAGAAUGUGUCCGCACCGCGCCUUCACCUGCCCUACUCUGCUCGGCUCGCCACCACCCCCGCCGCGAGGUGCCGCCGGCAUGGCGCGCCCCCUGGGGACCUCCGUGCUGAUCGGCGGUGGCGGCCUGUCCGGCCUCUCCCUCGCCCUCCACCUCAAGCGCGCCGGGAUCCCCUUCCUACUGGUGGAGGCACGCGACCGCCUGGGCGGCCGCAUUCUCUCCCCCUCCCUGCGCUACGGCGCUGAGGCGGCGGCCUUCGACGCCGGGCCGGCCUGGUACUGGCCCGGGCAGCCCCGGAUGGUGUCCCUGGUGCGCUCGCUGGGAUUGACGCCAUUCGAGCAGCACUCCGCGGGGGCCUCCGUGCACGAGGAUGAGCGCGGCCGAGUGUCGAGGGACGCUUGGUCCGGAUCAAUGGCGGGAUCCCUGCGACUGGACGGGGGGUUUGGCGCGCUGGUUGAAGCGAUGGUUGGCGAACUGCCCCAGGAGGCGAUCCUGCUGAGCCACAGGCUGACCAAACUGUGCCGCGAGGAAGGGAAUCCGAGUUCCAGGGUGGUCGCCCAGGUGUCUUCGAUGGGUGGGGAUGUGCGGAUAAUGGCCGAGUGCGCCGUGCUCGCCAUGCCGCCGCGCGUGGUUGCCCAGGCCGUCGACUUCGCCGGCGGGCUGCCCGAGUCCGCGCUGGGCGCCAUGGGCGCCGUGCCGACGUGGAUGGCCGGCCAGGCGAAGCUGAUCGCGACGUUCGACCGGCCCUUCUGGAGGGAGGCUGGCCUGUCCGGCGACGGGAUCAGCCGCAGGGGCCCGCUGGCGGAGAUCCACGACGCUUCGCCGAGGUCCGGCGGCCCCUACGCGCUGUUCGGUUUCGUGGCCACGCCGCCCGAUGGUCGCAGGGAUGCCGAUGCGCUCAAGGCAGAUGCCAAGGCGCAGCUGGUGAGGAUGUACGGUCCUGGAGCAAAUGCACCCCUGGAGAUUGUCGUGAAGGACUGGGCGUUCGAGGAGGAGACAGCCACCGCCGGCGACUGGGGACGGGGAAGAGGCCACCCGGCGUACGGUCUGCCGCGGGCGCUCAAGGGGCUGUGGGACGGCCGGCUGCUUAUGGGGUCCACGGAGGUGGCGUGGGAGUCCGGGGGGUUUUUGGAAGGUGCGCUGGAAGCGGCGGAGGCGGUGAUGGACCAACUGCCGGACGAAGUUCGGCGUUGCGCCGCCUGA